UAUUUAAGUCGGUGUGACGCCUACAGUCAGCCACUUCUGUCUUAGGAAUCACACAGAGUCAUGAAUACCUUUGUUCUGCUGCUGGCAUCAAUCGCCCUGGUCGGGGCCAAGGGCGUGGGUGAAUUCCCCAACUGUUGGUGCGGGAUGUUUAUUGAGAUGGAUGACGAAGUACACAUGGUUUACCACCUUGAGUCCAUCACAGUCGACUCCUGUGACGACGUGUCCAUCUGCAAGACCACCUGUGCUAACGAGUUCAACGUUUUUACGUCUGGAGGCGAUCUGAACCACCUGCUGGCCAACGGAUACUCCGUUGGACAAGAGAUCUGCCUGAAGAUGGUCGAGCACCAUGGCAUUCACAACGUCUACCACGCCAAGGUCUAUGGAUACGCCAAUGCGUGCAACGGCCCUUGGGCCUAUGAUGGCGUCUCAAGCACCAAUGCCCUCUGCUGCCAUGAAGGUUUCUACAAGGCAUGCGACUAGUGUGUCCUAACCAAUACCCUUAACUAUACUUAAUAGCAGACCUACUGAAGGAACCGCAAGAAGAUUGAUCUGACCACCACCACUUGCUUCACCUCUGGUAGAUUAAUAAUAAUAAUUGAUAUUCAGUCAAUAUGACCAAGGACAGUUGAUAAAGCCAUAAGAAGCUUGUUUCCAAUAGUCCUUAUGCCAGAAGCUGCACAGCAUCUGAUAUUCUUAGGGCAAGUCUUACAGAGUGUGUGGCCUGUCUUCACCUCUGGUAGACCUACUGAAGGCCCUGACCAUCUACAAAUCUUACCUGACUACCAUCAUCAACCAGUCAUGCCAGAAAUUUAUUUUACAGCCAAUGGCAUAUAUAUAGGGGGGAAGGGGGGGGGGGCAAUGUAGCCAUGCCAUGCCCCCCCCCCCUUUGUUACUGUACUCUCAACUCAAUUCAACAUGUAACAUGAUAAUAAAAAAUAUACAGAUUAAAAAAGUUUAAGUGAUUAAAUCAUUUGCCAAUUGGAUAAAGUACUAAUAUUGGCCAUAAAAUAUGUUCUAUUACUAUUCAUUGCAGAUGGCCUCCAGUAAUACCAGGCUUAUAACUACUAUAACUUGUCUGAUCACUACACUGUAUCACCAUCACUGCCACUACUACUACUACCAUCGCUAUCAUGACCACCACUAUCACCACCACCAAUACCACUAUCACCACUAAUACCUCCCCUGCCUGAAGCCCCCACAUUUGCAAACUUAUAUGCAUGUAAGAUCUUGGGGUGCAAAGGACAUAGGGGUACUGUGCAAAGUGUGCAUAUACACCCUUCAAAAAAAGUACAGUAUCACGAUCCUCAGGUCUGAUGGAAUUCGGAAUGAGCAAGAACUGUACAGUACAGUACUGUACAGUAUAGUACAGUACAGUACAGUACACAGUACAGUACAGUAUAGACAUAGAUGUAUCUGUUGUGUUGGUAGAAGAAAGUGAAUGAUGGACACUUGCAGGAGAUUUAUGUCCCUUGCUGAAGAACGGGAGAACUCAGCCAAUUACGGGAGAAUUUGCAUGUCUAGUUGGUACCUGUGUAUAUUGGCUGUGUAUAUUUAUUGUGGAAUUUUAGACUACGGUAAAAUAAUACUAAGCCCAAUGGUUACAUUAAAAUCAAUGGUCAGGUGUUCUGCAAUACAGUACUUUAAUGAUGAAUGAUUAGCUAUGUACAGUAUUGUGGCAUACAGUAGGAAAGGAUUGUUUAACAACUGUAGAGCAGAGUUGUCAUUUCCCAAACAAUAUAUAUUUAAGGGAGAAAACCAACAUGUAGUAAAACUGCUGACUGAAACGAUUAAAGAUUGUGUCAUUUCUCUUCUACCC